AUGGCCGACUCGGAGCAGCCGACACCGAUCGAGGGCACCCCCGCCGCGGACGUCGAGAUGGGCGACGAGGCCGCGGCGGAGGAGACGGAGACGGGGUUGACGCAGCUGGAGCCCGAGCAGCCGAAGCUGGUGCUGUUUGCCGAUCUGGUCAAGAGCCCCAUCGUCGAGGUCGUCGUCGGCAGCGGCGACCAAACAACCACCUACUCGGCCCACGAAGCCGUCAUCCUCAAAUCCCCCGAGUUCGCAAAGCAAGUCGAAGCCUUCGCACCCACAGGCCCGCGCAGAAUCACCUUUCCAGACUACGACAUCGACGCCAUGGGCUCCGUAGUCGAGUACCUGUACACGGGCGAGUACUUCCCCAAGAAAACCUCGUCGGCGCGCGACGCCCCGCUGGAAAGGGACCCGCGCCAACCGCACCCCGACGACGACGGCGCGGGCCUGCUCGUGCACGCGCGCGUCUACACACUCGCCGAGCGCCUCGGCCUGCCCGACCUCAAGUCCCUCGCGCACUCGAAGAUCCACCGCACCGCAUCCACCGCCAAGGGCGAGCUCGCCUACGCCCGCUUCGUCUACAAGGAGUCCAAUCCCGACGACCAGACCAUCCGCAAGCCCGUUGCCGCCUUCUGGGCCUCGCGCAGCUACAGCCUCAGACACGACGCCGAGCCCGAGUUCCGCGCCAUGUGCCUCGAGUUCCCGCAGUUCUCGUACGAUGUCCUGCAGUUGGUGCUGGAUCAGCAGGAGAAGAGUCGCGGGCGGGCGGACGAGGGGCCGGGCAAGGGCGGGCCGAGCGUGGUGCCGGGGAGUACGAGGAAGCGGGCGCGGGUCAGUCAGAUCUAG